GUUGUCAAUUGUCAUUAAUGGAAAACGAAAGUCGAAUGAAAUUGUGAUUUUUAAAUUGCUCUAAAUAAUAAAAGUGUUGAUAAAGGUGCUACAAUGAGUCGUAGACGAGAGACGGAAUACUACUCAAAAGGAUCAUCUAGCGGUAGCAGCAGAGAUUACAGGAGUCACAGGUCUAGGUCUCCUUCGAGAGAAGAUUCACAUCAUGAAUAUAGAGAUAGAAGCAAAGAAAGAUCAUCUGACAAAUAUCAAAGCAGCCACUACAGCCGCAGUCGAGAUCAAGAUUCAGACAGACGAAAGGAUGUAAGAGAAAGGCAUUAUGAGGACUCGGACAAGAAAGGUAGAAGAAGACGAUAUUCAGACUCUUCUGAUAGUACAGAUGAAGAUCAAAAAACUAAAACAAAUAUUCCGCCUCCACCACCACCACCAAGAAUAACAAAGGUUUCCAUGACUAUAAAGCCACCUGCCCAAAAAGCAUUGAGUAGUUUUAAAUUGGGGCCAAAACCUACUGUACCGGCAAUAGCAAAACCAGUUGGAACAGUUGCAUCUGUAUUCAAUCAAGAUAGUGACGAAGAAGAAGAAGAAAUGCCUUCUGAAGCUAGAAUGCGCAUGAGAAAUAUUGGAAGGGAAACACCUACUUCUGCUGGGCCAAAUUCAUUUGGAAAAACAAAACAAGGAUUUUGUGAUUCAAAGAAAAUUUUUGAGAAGAAUUUACGAGCUGCAAUGGAGCAAGAUGACUGAACACUAUGUUGAGUCAUUAGUUAAUAGGAUUAAAAAUGUAACAAAGAUUCUG